UUCUUGCAAAUAAUGUGAUCUCAGGCAAAGAUGCAGCAUCUUGGCUGUCUGCUCAAAACAUGCCUAGAUUCUCAUUCUCGGUGGAAAGUGAGUGUCGAACUGCAAAACCUCAAAUGGCAGAUGCUCAUCAUUUCAGAGCGCCUGGACACCGGAAAAGGCGAAUCACUGAAUAUCUGCAGUUGGAAACAAUUCCUGGUUCUGAUUUAGACGUCUUUCGAGGUCUGCGCGGGGCGGCUAUUGGCGGCGGAGCGUCACGUGACCGCGGGGGCGUGCCAAUGUGCGCCCUCACGGGUGUCAAGCCCCUGUCAGUGUGUGCGAUCAGGAUCGUGAAACAACGCGAUGCAAAAAGCGACCUACUACGACAGCUCGGCGAUCUAUGGUGGCUACCCCUACCAGGCAGCCAACGGGUUCGCUUAUAAUGCCAGCCAGCCGCCGUACCCAGCUUCCGCGGCUCUGGGCGCCGACGGCGAGUACCACCGACCCGCCUGCUCACUCCAGUCGCCCGCCAGCGCAGGGGGCCACCCCAAGGCGCACGAACUGAGCGAAGCAUGUCUGCGCUCCCUGAGCGGCCCGCCCAACCAGCCCCCUGGACUGGGCGAGCCGCCCCUGCCCCCGCCACCGCCCCAAGCCGCGCCCCCUGCCCCACAGCCGCCGCAGCCCCCGCCGCAACCCCCAGCGCCCGUUCCUGCGGCUCCCCAGCCCCCCUCUUCGGUCUCCCCACCUCAGAAUGGCAACAGCAACCCUGCCCCCGCCAGCGCGGCCAAGAGUCCCCUGCUCAACUCUCCCACUGUGGGUAAACAAAUCUUCCCUUGGAUGAAAGAGUCACGGCAAAACACAAAGCAGAAAACCAGCGGCUCCAGCUCAGGCGAGAGUUGCGCUGGUGACAAGAGCCCUCCAGGCCAGGCAUCGUCCAAGCGGGCCCGUACGGCCUACACAAGCGCGCAGCUAGUGGAACUAGAGAAGGAGUUUCAUUUCAACCGUUACCUGUGCCGGCCUCGCCGCGUGGAAAUGGCCAACCUGCUGAACCUCACUGAGCGCCAGAUCAAGAUCUGGUUCCAGAACCGACGCAUGAAAUACAAGAAGGAUCAGAAGGGCAAGGGCAUGUUGACAUCGUCUGGGGGCCAGUCCCCUAGUCGCAGCCCCGUGCCCCCUGGCGCUGGUGGCUAUCUGAACUCUAUGCAUUCGCUGGUGAACAGCGUCCCAUAUGAGCCUCAGUCGCCCCCAUCCUUUUCCAAGCCUCCCCAGGGCGCCUAUGGGCUGCCCCCCUCCUCCUACCCUGCACCCCUGCCCAGCUGCGCUCCUCCUCCGCCCCCACAAAAGCGCUAUACAGGGGCAGGGGCAGGUGGCACCCCUGACUACGACCCGCACGCGCAUAGCCUGCAGGGCAACGGCAGCUAUGGGACCCCACACUUACAGGGAAGCCCCGUCUUCGUGGGGGGCAGCUAUGUGGAACCCAUGAGCAACUCCGGCCCGGCCCUCUUUGGCCUGACUCACCUCCCCCACACCGCCUCAGCUGCCAUGGACUACGGGGGCGCAGGGCCGCUAAGUAGCGGCCACCACCACGGGCCAGGGCCAGGGGAGCCGCACCCUACCUACACGGACCUUACCGCCCACCAUCCUUCUCAGGGAAGAAUUCAGGAAGCGCCCAAGCUCACCCACCUGUGAUGGUGGGCUAGGGGCUGAGCGCCAGGAGAGUCCCCCACCUUUCUUCUUUGGUUGCUUUUUUUUUUUUUUUAAAGUUCCUCCUGCCCCUCCCUUUCUCUUCGCCUCCGCCCUUCUUUCUACUCACCCGCCCCCGUUUUGUUUUCUUUGGUAACGCGUUUUUAUAGUUUUUGUGACGUAGCAAUCUUGGUUGCUGGAAUGGCUGUCAGCAUCAGUAGCGAUAUUUAUCUCCUCCCGCCCCUCGCUAGGCCGCUGGCCCUGCACCCUUUACCUUCUCCACUCUUUGAUCAGAAACAGGGUAUAUGAACAAAUUUGUAGCCGAGUUCUUCAAUGUGAAUUUGUUCGUACGUUAUGGCUCCCGAGGGGAAGCAAUUACGUUUAAUUUUAAUUUUUAGAUUUUUUUUAAUUGCACUUCUUCUAAAGAGCGAGAAAAAAAAAAAAAUCAAAGGCGCUUUGAAGCAGGGGCUCCCUGUGCAAGGAUGAGUAAGUGUACGUCUUUCCGUGUGUGUAUGCUGGUGAACAGUCAGAUUUAUUUAUAUUUUUUUUGCAAGCAUUGAAUAAUCUAAGUUUUAAAUAUUAUUUAUCCCCAUCCGUUCGUAUUUAUAUUAAAGAAAUUCUGUACCCUGAUUGUUCAGAAGGUUUCUUGGGCCUUUUGUUCAAUGGUGUAUUGGCGUACAUAGAAAAAAAAAAUUAUUUGAAAGGGAAAUAUAGUUCCUUUAUAAAAACGGUAGUGAUGCAAUAAAACCCGAGAGGAUCCAGCUUUUGAAAACAGUGAUUUAGGUUUGCAACAUCUGGCGAAACUGAAAAAACAAUCUGUAAACGUGAAAAAAUGAUAGAUUUGUUUUGAGAGUUUUACAUUCCUUGCUGCUCACAUUCUGAGAAACGAAACAAAAAAAAUAAAAUAAAGUUUUUAUUCUGAAU